GUUCGAUGGGAUUAGUACUCCCAAUUAGGAACAAUAUUUACUUAACAUGAUAACAUGUUGAUUUAAAGUAAAUAAGUUAUCGUAUGUCAUUAACACUAUUUAGUUUCUAGAAUCAGUUGGAAUUCUGCUAUUACAUGACGUAAGGAGAUUUACUAUCACAGCAGCAUGGGGAAUGGAAUGAAUAAAAUUAUCAGCGGGGUAUAUGUGGGGAAUUUCCGAGAUGCAAAAGAUGUUGUACAACUGACAGACAAUGGCAUCACCCACAUCUUGUCCAUCCAUGAUAAUGCAAAGGCUUUAUUGGAUGACAAGGAGUAUCUCUGCAUCAUAGCCAGCGACACACCAGACCAGUGUCUCACACAGCACUUUCCAGAAUGCAUAGACUUCAUCCAUUGUGCAAGACUCAAAGGGGGUCGUGUAUUAAUUCACUGCCUGGCCGGAAUAUCCCGCAGUGUGACAGUUACUGCAGCUUACAUCAUGACGGUCACUAACCUCGGCUGGCGGGACGCAGUAAACUGCAUACGUGGGGCCCGCAGCUGUGCCAACCCGAACUUUGGCUUCCAAAAGCAGCUCCAGGACUAUGAGAAUGAGGGCCUUAAAGAGGCACGUGAAAAACUGAAAGAAAAAUAUCCAGACAGUGUUUUUGAUGAUGCCAGAGAUUGUGAGAUCAACCUGAAAAGCUUCCGCAACUACCUCCAGACAGGCCAGACGGCCCUUGGGACCGAGUUGUAUUCCUUACCGCAUCGGGCGUAUGGGGAGAGGAGCAGACCGUGUCAGAAAUCGCCAACUGUAGGUUCAGGUGCGCACAAAACAGACUCAGGGAACAUGACCGCCCAGUCAGGUACUGGUACCAAGAAGGCUGUAGACACAGAUGGUGAUCCAGGCGACUCAAACUCAAAUAGUGCUGGUUUUAGUCAGUCAGAUGUGCAGAAUGGAUGUAAACGAUUUGAUUGCGCAGAUUUAAAGCAGUCUUUGACUGUUGAAUCAACAGCAAGUGAACAACAUUCUUGAUGAAAUUAUACUUAAGGUCAAGUAAUGUUCUUGCAAUAAUAUAAGGUGCAAAUUCUUUAGAUAGCAUGUGAUAAUUAAAAUUUUUAGGUCAAAUAUUGCGAUUCAGAGCUUAUUCAAUUGAACAUCACUGAGUAACUGUACCGAAAGUACUGGUAUUAAAAAUAUAGAUAAAAUCAGCUCUUUCAGACAGGAACAGUAAGAUAGAUAUGAGUCAUGUUCUGAGAAAACUGGGCAUAAUGCAUGUGCGUAAAGUGUCAUACCAGAUUAGCCUGUGCAGUCCGCACAGGCUAAUCAGGGACGACACUUUCCGCCUAAAUUGGAUUUUUGCUAAGAAGAGACUUCAUUAAAACGAAAAAUGUCAUAAAAGCGGAAAGUGUCGUCCCAGAUUAGCCUGUGCGAACUGCACAAGCUAAUCUGGGACGACUCCUUACGCACAUACAUUAUGGCCAGUUUUCUCAGAAUGCGACUCAUUUAUAAAAGAGUUUUCAAUAUCUUUGUUAAUAAUCAUCAUGACAGGGAGGAUGUUAAAUACAAAAUCGUGUAAUGAAAUAAUUGAAGCCAGAAAGGGCUAUAAGAAUAAGUAACUGUUUUUUAAGUAAGAAAGGUAACAACUUUCGGCUUUUGAGUAAUGAUUUAUGUUUUAUAAAUAUUUUACGUUUUUUUCUUUUCUGUACCAGUUCAUCUUGAACUCAGGUGAACUACCAAGGGCACACAUGGCUCUCUUAUUUUACAUGUGAAACUUAUUUCCUGUCAAAGUAAAGUUAUGAUACUUUUAAGAAUCUUUCAUUUGUUGCAAUAACCCUUAGAACAAAGUUUUUAUACCCGAAAAACAAAGUUUGACAUGGAGUAUAAAGGAAUGACUCUGUUGGUUGGUCCCUUUAGUUUUUGUGUUUGUUUAAUGGUCUGUUUGCAUGAAAUAUUCUUUUUUUUACAGCAAAGUACUUUCUCAAGCAAUUUAUUAAAAACUCCAAAUAUUUCAGCGGAAUGAAGUGUAAAUGUGUUCACGUUCCUGAAUUUAGUGCCUUUUGCUAAGCCUUGAACGUUGAUGCUUUUCCUGUAACAAUGUUAUGCUGGGGUGUUAAAUCUUUAUAUCACUUUUGUGUUCAAGGAUUUUUUCAAACAAUGAUAUUUUGUAAUUUGAACUUUAAAAAAAAACAUGUAUUGCUAAUAUUUGAAUCUUUACUUUGCUCUAUAAAAAAAGCAUCAGUGCCUUACUUGUUGUGUUUACUUAUUUAAGGUUCUAGUAAAUUUUGUACUCUUUAAAUCAUGUGAAUAAAGAACAUCAUAUUUUA